UUGUGUGCCCUUGGUUCGAAAAACCGGCAUUGUGCGGUUUUGGUGAGAAACGCAAUUAAAAGUUGCCGGUUUUCUGAAAAAUUAUAAAAUCUACCCGGAAUUAAUUAGUUAAAGCAGGUUUUUUGAACAGCAAGGAAGGGUAAAAAGCGCGUGUGUAUGUUCCAUGUGUAUUACGGUGAUGCAAUGUGUCUGUGUUUGUGCGAAUCAGCUGUUCAAGUAAACAUGGUCAACGCACGCAGGUGCCCGCGUUAUAAAGCGAUAUAAAAUAACUUCGGAUUUUAUCAAUCGCUUUCCCAAGGAUUUGACACAGAUCACAAAGUGUGUAGAUUCCUUUCUGGACAAAAUACAUUUGCAGGAAUCACCAUGUAUAAUACAGCAACCAUCUUUAAAUCUGGCCGAUGUCUUCAUAAUGGCUGGAGCAGGAGGCCCUCCAACCUGACAUCGUCCAAUCAGACGUCUGGCUUCUCCCAUUGGUCUGGACGCACGCGCCCAGUAUGGGCAUAUUUUCCGGGCCGGCACAAAAUACGGGAGCAGACUUGUAGAAAUAUUUCUUCCUCCCCGUCGAUGGCCGCACAAGCCAUGUUCCGGACGGACCUGAUGGACUGUAAACGAGUCGUAAUAAAGCUCGGAAGCGCCGUCAUAACCCGUGAAGACGAGUGUGGUUUGGCCCUCGGGAGACUGGCUUCUAUCGUAGAACAGGCCUGUGAAUUACAUGCCCUGAAUAAGCAGGUGAUAAUGGUGACAAGCGGGGCUAUUGCGUUCGGGAAACAGAAGUUACAUCAUGAGAUGUUGAUGUCCAUGAGCAUGAGACAAACGCUGAACACAGGCAAACGCCAGGGAUCGUUGAUAGAGCCGCGAGCCUGUGCCGCUGUGGGACAGAGUGGUCUUAUGUCUUUGUAUGAAGCCAUGUUUAACCAGUAUGGAGUCAAAACUGCCCAGGUUCUGAUCACGAAGCCGGAUUUUUUCCACGAGGAGAGUUGUAGGAACCUGAUGGGGACCCUGAGGGAACUGUUGGAGAUAUUCCUCAACACCAACGAUUAGAUUAAAAAAUAUACCAAAUACAACAGUCAUGUAAUUAGUCUGAAGGAUAACGACAGUUUGGCGGCCCGCCUGGCUGUGGAGGUGAAGGCCGACCUGAUGAUUCUGAUGUCGGACGUUGACGGUCUGUAUACGGGACCCCCGGGGCAGGAGGGGUCACGACUCCUACACACCUACUGCCCAGAGGUUGACGAGACCGGCGUCAUCUUUGGGGAGAAGUCACGGGUCGGACUAGGUGGUAUGGAGUCCAAGGUGAGAGCAGCAUCCUGGGCAUUAGAAAAAGGCACAUCAGUCGUUAUUUGUAAUGGGCACGAGGAUCGAGCUAUUUAUAACAUUGUGACGGGCAAAAAUGUGGGGACAUUUUUCACCAGAUCCAAAAUGCAGAGUGCUCCAGUUGAACUCAUGGCAAUGCAGGCACGAGAGGGUGGCAGGGUGUUGCAGACACUGGCUCCACAACAGAAGCAUCUGAUUAUAACCAAACUGGCAGAUCUUCUGAUCGAGAGACAGCGAGACAUCCUGGACGCCAACAGUAAAGACAUAGAGAUAGCAAACAAGUCAGGCCUUGCACCAUCCAUGGUGUCUCGUCUUAUUCUGAGUGAGAGGAAGCUACACACACUCCAUGAAGGUCUGAAACAGAUCGCCAACCAGAGCUCCAACAUCGUAGGUCAGGUCAUCAGGAGGACACUGCUAGCAGACGGCCUUGAACUCAAACAGGUCACGACCCCAAUAGGUGUCCUUCUGGUGAUCUUUGAGUCACGUCCAGACUGCCUACCCCAGGUAGCAGCUCUAUCCAUCGCCAGUGGGAAUGCUCUGCUUUUGAAGGGAGGGAAGGAAGCGUAUCAUAGCAACCAGAUCCUCCAUUCACUGGUACAGGAAGCUCUGGAACCAUUUGUUCCUAGGGAAACCAUUUCACUGGUGAGCACGCGUGAGCAGAUCGAGUCUCUGCUGGAACUGAAGCAGUACAUCGACCUGAUUAUUCCCCGCGGCUCUAACGAACUGGUCAGUAUGAUACAAAAGCUCAGCCAGGGCAUUCCCGUCCUGGGACACAGCGAGGGCAUAUGUCAUGUUUAUAUUGACCAGGAUGUAGAUGAGCAGAUGGCACUCAACAUUGUGCGGGACUCCAAGACUGACUACCCUGCCGCAUGUAAUGCCGUAGAAACCAUUCUGGUCAACAAGGCACAUCUAAGAACACCGUUUUUUGAGGAUUUGUUUGAUAUGCUGAAAUCUGAAGGGGUCAAGAUCUACUCUGGUCCCCGUUUGUCCUCUGCCCUGAAAUUUGGCCCCCCACCAGCCCCCUCCCUACACACGGAGUACGGGGAUUUGUCUGUCACCAUAGAGUUAGUGGACGACGUACGAGACGCCAUCCGUCACAUCAACAAGUACAGCAGCAGUCACACGGACACCAUAGUCACCAGUCAUAAAAACACAGCAGAGGUUUUUCUCAAGGGAGUAGACAGCGCCUGUGUGUUUCACAACACCAGUACAAGGUUUGCUGACGGCUACAGAUUCGGUCUAGGGGCUGAGGUUGGUAUAAGUACCAGCAGAAUACAUGCCCGUGGCCCCGUAGGAGUGGAGGGACUACUCACCACUAAAUGGCUCCUCCAUGGCGGGGGGCAUAUAGUGGAGGACUUCACGAAAGGGAAAAUGGAAUUCCGACACGUAUCUCUACCACUGUCCCAGGAACAAGCAUCAGAGGAGGAAGAAAAUGUAGAAAGGGAGGAGUAGAAAUCUGGUUAUUGGACUGUUUACAAAAAUUGCAAACGGACGUGUAUCGAAUCAGUAGUUGUCAUUAGAUUUCUGAUUAGAGAGUGAAUGCUGUCUCAUUGUGGGAUUUCACAAUAGAAUUACGGUAGAUUGCUGUCUCACAUAAAUAAUUUGAUGAUCAGUGGGAUUUUAAAGAAAAUUUUCCACCAGUAUGUCCAUUUUUUACAUUUUUGAAAAAAAUGGAAGAAUAUUUUUUCAGGACACAAUCUGUAAUUUCUGAUGAUUCACAGUAACAUGUUCUUGAAAAUUAUAAUUGUCACCAACUUUUAAUGAAUUGUUAAUGAUGUCUGAUUUUCAUUUGAGGCACUUUAUUUCUACAUUAAGGUAAUGGAAAGUUAUUGCUAAAUCUAUAUUUAUUUAGUAAAUAAGUUUGUUAUAAAAGCAAUAUAACACAUGCACUGCUCAGUUUGCCUUUUUUUUGUUCUGCUCAUAUACCAUGAAUGGGUGCACACCUACUUGUAUAUAUUUUGAUAAGUUCUUUUGUUUUACUACAAUCACAAGUAAUAUGAAAAAAAAAAUUAAAUGUAGUUUUUAAGUCAUAAUAUUUCUAGAUCUGAGAAAACUUGUUUAUCUAUCAAGGGUGCCAUAUAUUACUAUUCUGUACUUACUCUUGUAAACAAUUAUAUCACUGAUCUGGGUGAAGUGUAGAUCUGUUGCAAAUGUUUCACUGAUGUUUUUUGUUUGAAUACAUGUAUGAAUAAAUUACAGUAUUUUA